GUGCGUUGCCGUGGAUUGUAAUUUCCGACGUUUACUCCGUCAUUCGGCUCGGCUGUACAUGCCUCCUUGCGCGUCGUCUCAGCCAUCUUGGAGGACAAAUGCACAAACCUUCACUUGGCACAAGUUCUGAAGUCCCUCUGCUUACGUUUCACAGACAGCUCACUUACACCUCACCCAAGCACCACCCGGCGCCACGAAACCCUCCUUGCAUAGACCAACUGUAAGCACACACCAAAUCUUCACAGCAGUCGUCCAUCGAACAUGGCGCAAUUCAUACCCUGGAUGUCAGAUGGCUGUCAGAAAGCUUGUUGGGUGCCUGGAAAGUUCCUCCGAUCUCACUAGGCAUCGGCUUGGCUCGUGUGACGCAGGAUUCUCAGUGCUGACGGUCCCCACUUCCUCGCAUGCGCGGUAUUGGUCCAGCACUCAAAAGAAGGGCGCGGCCACCCCAACAACAUCGACUGGGAGUAUGCAAGGCUUACGAUGCAGGAUAGCGUUGUAGGAGGCGCGUCAAGUAACUGCUUGACGCGUUUUAAAAAUGAGAUGAUCACUGAAAGCAGGUGGUGGACCUGUAAAGUCUUGAAAAGUUGAAAGGAUUAAGGUUUCCGGGCUCAGGGAGGGGACUUAGGAAGUGAUAGCGUCAAAUUUUAGCAUUUAGACUCCCGCCAUGUAAGGUAAGGUAAGGUAGAUACAGAUAACGCUGUACUGCCCGGGCAGUGCCUUAGGUGACUUUGC